GGUGAUACUGGAGAAGAAGAUGGGCAACUGAUAAGCGGUGCAGCAGUUUUGCCACGAAUUACACUAAAUUUAUUGAGGAAGUUUACGUAUUUAACCUAGUAGAAUAUUGCUUUUGAGUUUGGUUCGUUCUGGGUUUUAAAAAAUGAUCCUCACAGUCAAACCGCUCCAAGGAAAGGAGUGCAGCGUUCAGGUUACUGAAGAUGAGAAAGUCUCCACGGUGAAGGAACUUGUGUCUGAAAGACUGAAUAUUCCUGCAAACCAGCAGCGGUUACUCUACAAAGGAAAGGCCCUAGCAGACGAGCACAGACUGAGCGAUUACUCCAUUGGGCCAGAGGCUAAAUUGAAUCUGGUUAUCCGUCCUGUGGGAGAGAGAGCUGCAGCCCCUGGAAUGGCAGGCAGCAGCUCCAGUCCUCAAGGAGGGGUGUGGCAGAUUGUAUCCACUAUACUUGCCAAACACUUCAGUCCAGCAGAUGCAGCAAAAGUCCAUGAACAACUUAUAAAGGAUUAUGAGCGUUCACUUCGACAGCUCAGCCUGGAUGACAUUGAGCGUUUGGCGGGGAGACUUCUUCACCCAGAUGACGAGAGAGUGGACACCUCAUACAUGGACUAAUCUUUAAAACUUCAUACUCCUGAAUGUUUGUUAUUUACAAUUAUACUCCGUGCUUGAAGAUGCAGACAGUGUUUAAAUGGCGGGCUGGGAAAGAUUAAAUGUAAUCUGACUUUGAGUGAUUCCCUGGUUUCUGCCUGAUCACAUGGAUAACAGGGACAGUUUCUCUGCUUUUUUUAGCGGCUCUACAACAAAGGACUUGGAUGAGGACAUAUGGCCCCUGUUGGGUGGCUUUAUCAUUAAUGUUUUAAUAGCAACAGACAGCCUGAUCACAGUGUCUGAAUAAAGGAAUGAAUUGUGUUAUUUUUACAUAACAUCGACUGCAAUGUUUCCAUGGGGGUACUAACUUUACUGGAGGGUAUUUAUUAUAGUCUGUGAGUGAUAACUUUUAUCUUUUUCAGGAAGUGUGGUCAAAAUUCAUGUCUUAUCCUCUUUAUAUAUGGGUAACCAUUGUAUGAUUUGUAAAUAUGCUUGUUUAUAUGUAUGUUUGCAGACAUUAAAAUAAAAAUCUUCUUUCA